AUAUUCGAUUAUUAAUAUCCAUACCUAUGUGCGCGCUUUUAAAAAUAGUAAACACAAUUCUUUAAUCCAUAUAUAUUUUACGAAAUCCGUAUAAAGUGAAAAUAUAAGAUCAAACUCAUAUUUUAAUUAGCUUUAGAAAAAUGGAAGUAUUCAAUAAAUUGAACGAGAGAUUUCCCUGUCGUAAAAAAGUGUUAAAAACGCUUACCAACUUAAUUGGACAUUCUGAAGAAAUACUUCCGGCUGCAAUUCAUAUUUAUGGUCAUACAGGUACAGGAAAAACUACGUUACUUAAAAAUUUCCUUAAUGAAAGCAUACGUCGUAAUAAAAAUAAGUUAAACAUAGCAUAUGUCAAUUGUGUUGAAAGUUAUACUUCAAGAAUACUAUUUGAAAAUAUAUUGGAAUAUAUAAGCGGUGAUAUUGCGGAUGAUAUUAAAACAGAAAAUUUAAAAGACUUUGUGGAAAAAUUGCGACGCAUACAAUCACAGCCAGAUGCUCAGUAUAUAAUUUCUUUAGACAAUGCGGAGAGACUAAGGGAUAUGGAUGCAAAUGUGUUACCAUCUUUGUUACGUUUGCAACAACUUACUGGUCUGAAUAUUUGUGUUGUAUUAAUAUCACAACUUCCAUUAGAAAAGUUUUAUUGUAAAACAAGUAUUGAUGAUCCCAUUACAUUAUACUUUCCCCAGUACACAAAGUCUGAAACACUGGAAAUAUUAAGCGCUGACUUCAAAAAUGCACAAAAGCUUAUGGUUGCUUUACUCAAUCGUAAGAAACCAGAGAAUCUGUCAACAAAACUGGAUAUAGUUGAUACAGUAACGAGAGAGUUUUUCAACAAUUAUUUAAAUCUAUUUCUGGGAGUAUUUUAUAAAGCAUGUCGUGAUCUUUCUGAAUUGAAGAUUACUGCGAGAAAAUGUUUUACAUUCUACAUGGAACCUAUAUUGGAUGGUACGGUUAGCAUGUCCGAUGUUUCGCGUUUAUGGCGUUGUAUUGCCGGUCAACUACGAACAGCCUUAUCACAAGUAUAUAUACGAAGUGGUCAGCCAGAGGUAAUAAAUAAUAAUAAUUAUCUAAAUAAAAUGACUAUAUUAAAAAAUUUAAUACAGACUCCAGUGGUAAACAAUGAUAAAGAGAUCUUAAAGGUUGCUCAAUCUUUGGAACUGCCUUAUUAUGGCAAGUAUUUGUUAAUAGCUGCUUUUAUCGCGAGUUAUAAUUCAUCAAAAGAGGACAAACGUUUGUUUGUGAAGAAUCAUGGUAAACGACGAAAACGAUUGCAAAAUGUCAACGCGAAUGCUAAGGUAACAGAGAAAAUGAAUACCUAUAUUGGACCAAAAUCAUUCAGUGUUGACCGCCUUUUGGCCAUAUUUUAUGCUAUACUUGAUGAGAAAGUUGGCUUAACUUGUAACUUGCUCUCACAAAUUUCAACAUUAGUCAAUCUUAAACUACUUAGUUUUGUUUCGGGAGAAAAUGUUAUGGAUGGAACGUCGCGUUUGCAGUGUACAGUAGGACUGGAGUUUGUCAUCUGCAUAAGCCAAGUAGUAGGAUUUAAUGUGCGUCAAUACUUGAGCGAUUUCAAUUAAGUUUUCCAUAUUUAUUUUUAUUGUGUUUUAUCUAACUUUAUUUAGUUAGAAAAUAUUUGUAAUAAAUAAUUUGGCAAAUCGCUAA